UGCUUUAGUGUCAGAGGAGAUUCUUGGAAAACACUUUUCUUUUACAUUUUAACAUCAUAAUUACAUACAAUUUAAUUAAUUAUUCUCAUUUAUGGUGAUUAUAACGGCUUUAGCGUGUUAGGUAGGUAAUGCUUUCUUUCACAAUAAACGUGAUAAAACUAUGAAUGUGCCAUUUUAAGAUUUACUGAGGAAUGUUAAAAAAAGGUUUAUGCUCACUUUGAUUUGACAUCCACACAAAUGCCUAAAUGGUUGUUGAAGAGACUGUUAAAAGUAAGAAUAAGUACUUGUGUUUCUAUCAUAUUAUGUCUAAUAGGAAUCAUAUGCUUGCUGUCUUACAAAGGAGAAUACAACUACAAGCAUAUUCCAAGAGACGCCAUACAACAUGAAUUGUAUAAAGAAAUAUCACCGAACCUAGAGUUGAAGAAAACAAAACCGGACUGCACCUACGAUGAGAUACUUUCCAGCAAAGAAUCAAUACAAAACUGGCAGUUACCAACAAAGUUUGAUGACUUUUCUGCAGCAGGUAUUUCAAACGGAAGUUUCACCCCGGAGCACUGCAACCCUCUGUUCAGCGUGGCCAUACUGGUCACAUAUCGAAAUCGACAAAGUCAAUUGGACAUAUUCUUGCCGUACAUGCACAACUUCCUGAGGAAGCAAAACAUUCACUACAAAAUUUUCCUCAUCGAGCAGCAAGACAACAAGAACUUCAACAAAGGGCUGCUGUACAACAUCGGCGCGCGCGUGGCCAUGAGCGAGAAGUUCCCGUGCCUGGUGCUCCACGACGUGGACACGCUGCCGCUGGACGCCGCCAACCUCUACGCCUGCCUGCGCCAGCCGCGCCACCUCAGCGCCAGCAUCGACAAGUUCCGCUUCGUGCUGCCAUACUCGUGGCUGGUGGGCGGCGUGCUGGCCGUGCGUGCGGACCACUAUGCGCAGGUCAACGGCUUCUCCAACCGCUAUGAGAAGUGGGGCGGCGAGGACGACGACUUCAGCAUGCGGAUCGAGAACAACGGCCUUCAAAUAUAUCGGCUGCCAGUGGAGAUGUCGCGGUACACGAUGCUGAUGCACCCGCCGGCGGCCAAGAACGAGCAGCGCGGCCGCCUGCUGUCAGAGAGCGCGCGGCGCGGCGCGGCCGACGGGCUCAGCUCGGCGCGCUACGACAGCCUGCGCGUGACCCGCGCGCGCCUCGUCACGCAGCUCGCCGUGCGCUUAUGAUUCACGAUGCUCUUCGCGUAGGUACACACUUAUGCCUUGAUCACACGUACCGAGUAAACGGGCGAGACAGCGCUCUCGGCCGAGUACUCGGUGCGUAUGAACAAUACGCCGAGCGCUCGAGUAUGUGACUCGCUCACUCAACUGUCUCGACCGAGUAAACAUUUUACUGUGAUGUAAGCGACUGCUGUUCACACGUGUUUUGAAAUUAGCACAGUCAGUUCAGUUCUAUUGAGACUUUUCUUUUUCUCUAAUCUGUGGACGUGACGUCAAUCAUUUGGCCGAGUGGCGAGUGGAGAGACAGUGCACGUUCAGACCUGCCGAGCGAGCGAGCGAGACAGUGCGGGGCAACGGGAGCGUGGAUACUCGGCCUAGUAAGUUGAACGAGAGUCGAGCUACUGUCUCGUCGCUUUGCUCGGCCGAGCACUCGGCCGAUCACUCGGCGCUAUGUUCAUACGUCUACUACUACAAGAGCACUGUCUCGCCCGUUUACUCAGUACGUGUGAUCAAACGGCUGAGACAGUAAAAUGUUUACUCGGUCGAGACAGUUGGGUGAGCGAGUCACAUACUCGAGCGCUCAGCCGAGCACUCGGCGUAAUGUUCAUACACACCGAGUACUCGGCCGAGAGCACUGUCUCUCCCGUUUGCUCGAUACGUGUGAUCAAGGCAUUAGGCUCGGUUCCCACUACGCUGGACUGGCAAAUCUGCCGGGAACCGAACGCAGGACAGUGUUCACGUUACGCCGAAUCCCACAAGAAAAUUGGACAGUCAAGUCGGUCUACUUUCAUCAAAAUAUGCGAGCCGAAUGGCGCGAAUGGAGCACGUUCGGAGGACCGAUACCGGACAAACUCGUUCACACUGCUUCGGUCCGGUUCUGCUGGAACUUCGCAGUGACAAAACGGAUAAUGUGAAUAGCUUCAUAUAAAAUGUACAGCGUUGUGGGAACCGGGACUUAGCGGUGUGUUCCGUUGUAGCCCUGCGAGAGCCGACCGGUGCUCUCACUGGUGGGUGCACUGAGCAGUGCUGUAACGGAACACUCCAUUUAUAACGAGUUCUACUGUCGAAUCGUAGCGUUAUAAGUGAGUGUUAGUUCGAAUUGACUUUAGCGCGCAUUAUUAGCUGUCAAAGCCAUAAAUGGCACACUGCAGUAUUUCUGCUUAGAGCAGCUUG